CCCAUCUCAUCCAGCACACUCUCUUUUUGAACUAUUACCAUCCGGCAGACGGUACAGGUCUAUCAAAACUAGGACAAAGAGGCUUAGAGACCUUACUCUAGAGCUGUAUGGCGAUGCUAAACUCAUGCGGCUACGGUUGGAUGUGUUUGGGGCUGUGUAGGGAUGGGGUGGAGGAAGGGGAAAGUGAGGAUGGGGGAUGAGCCUGAAAUUGUGCAAAGAUCGAGUAGAAUUCCUGUUGUAAAUUCUCAAGCAGCGUGCACAAUGACAAUAAAAUGCUUAUGCUUAUGUGUUCCUCCCAAAGACUGUCAGACGCAAGGUUUGCACUCCUCAGUCCAGUCUGAAAUAGGCCUUCAGAUGCUAGCUGGCCAUCUCUGUGAAAACCAGGCCACCUGUCUGGGGAAAUGUGAAAAGAGCGAGGCAACCUGGCAGGAGUCUGGCACAUCGUCCUGGUUCUCUCGGGGAAAGGUGGAGUGGGGAAGAGCACGGUCUCCACGGAGCUCGCCCUGGCUUUGCGGCACGCCGGGAAAAAGGUUGGGAUCCUGGACGUGGACCUCUGCGGCCCCAGCAUCCCCCGCAUGCUCCGUGUGCAGGACAGAGACGUCCACCAGUGUGACAGCGGCUGGGUGCCGGUCUUCGUCGACCAAGAGAAGAGCAUCUCCCUCAUGUCUAUCGGUUUCCUCCUGGAGAAACCGGACGAUGCCGUGGUGUGGAGGGGACCCAAGAAAAAUGCUUUGAUCAAGCAGUUCGUCUCGGACGUGGCUUGGGGAGAGCUCGACUUCCUGAUUGUAGAUACGCCUCCAGGGACCUCCGACGAGCACAUUGCGGCGGUAGAAUCCCUCCGCCCUUAUCGGCCCCUCGGGGCAGUUCUGGUCACGACGCCGCAGGCCGUGUCCGUGGGGGACGUGAGGCGGGAGCUGACGUUCUGCAAGAAGACGGGGUUGAAGGUCAUUGGCAUCGUGGAGAACAUGAGCGGCUUCGUCUGCCCACACUGUUCGGAAUGCACAAAUGUCUUUUCUAAAGGAGGCGGGCAAGAGCUGGCCCAGCACGCCGGGGUCCCAUUCCUAGGGUGCGUGCCCCUGGACCCGCAGCUCAGCCGGAGCCUGGAGGAAGGCCGGGACUUCAUCCAGGAGUUUCCCAAGAGUUCGGCCUUCCCUGCGCUCACCAGGAUCGCCCAGCACAUCUUGAACGUGGCCACUCCUGGCAGCUCCUGAGACUGGCACCGGUGCCCCCGGUCUCCUGGCGAGGUGCUCAAUGGCAGCUGUUUAGAGUGCUUGGCAAGGCAGGGAGCAUCUUUGGACAGCGGCGGUUGAGGAGAUGCAAAACCAAAUCCUGGGCUGUCGCCGCUCCCUGGAAAAGCAACUGCAGAGCGGUUGAAGCACAGGGCGUAACGUACCUGUUUGGCCCUCGUUUCAGCCGCCAGGAACUCUGCGCCGUGGCCCUUCUGCACAUUUCCACACCAGGGCCAGACGUGAGAUCUCCCCACACACCUUAAUAAAGCCGACUUGUGGGAGCAGGACUGGAGCAUUUGGUUCGCGCUCUCUGCGCCGCCUUGCACAAAAGCCUUAUUAAGUUGGUACGGCAUGCACCCAGCUGGGCACCUGCCACCUUGGGAUGGAAAACACUCCCAUGGGAGCGUGAAUCAGUCCGCGUCAAUUGAAUAUAUUUCCUCGCUACUCUGCAGAUUUAAUCAUGACUCAGGAAUUUUGGAGCAUUAAUUAAAUGGUUUCAGUUGCCAUGCA